UCCCUGGAAGCCGCCCAGCCCCAGGUGAGGAGCCUGGCCCGCAGGUCUCACCUCUGGCCGGCCGCCGCGGGGAGCAGGGAGCGUUUCCAUCCGCUGCAGAAGAUGGACACCAGCAGGAGCGUCAGCCAGAGCAGCCAGCGCCCGGGGAGCUGGGGUCGGACGGCCGGCAGGCUCUCCCUCGGGCCCGGCAGCAGCCGGAGGAAGGAGCUGAAGGAAAUCCUCCUGCAGAGCAACAGGCCCAGCAGCACCAAGCGGUUUGCCACCGCUCAGAAGACAUCCAACGGCAGCAGCCUUUCUGCAGGGCUGCAACAAGAGCAGAAGCCUGAGCAGAGCUCUGAAGUGCUGUCCCUUGCCCUGGAACCCCUGGAGCACGAGUGGUUGCUGACAGUGGCCCAGGGUGAUGCGGACAACAUUGUGAGGCUGCUGGACUUGGAUCCCAGCCUGCUGACCAGGAAAGACUUUGUGACGGGCUUCACCGCUCUCCACUGGCUUGCCAAGCACGGCCACUAUGAAAACUUCAUCCAGGGACACGAGCUGCUCAUCAAAGUGCUGGUGGGAGCUUACGGAGCAGACACCAGCUGCAGGGACCACAGCGGGCUCAAGGCUUGGCAGUACCUGAGGGCAGACACCUCCAGGGAGCUGAAGGAGCUGGCAGGAGCCUUGGAGGAGGACUUGGUCCAGCUGUGCUCUCACAACACCAACAACAACUGUAAGUCAUCCAGAGAGACCAGGGUAGGACAGGACUGUGUGGACUCUGGGGCAGAGGGGAAAGCCCAGCGCUCCUCAAGCCUGUUGCCCCUCCAGGCCUUUUUCAGACAGGCAUUUGCUUUCUUCCAAAAGCGCUGA